UCCAUCUCUACGCUCAAUAAGCCACAGUUACCCAUCGCUAAUGUGACGAAAAAAAUUAUUAAAAACCUUUUUGAUACUCAUUUUUCCAAGCAUUUUCACACCCGGCCACGUUGGUUUCCCUCCCCGUCAAGAUUUCCUCCCGACACCGACUGGAAGAGUGCCUAAGGAUGACUUUGGUGGGUCUAGCAGCCCGCAAGCUGGCGCAGAAGCAGAGGUCGGCCAAACUGGCGGCGGCCUUUCCGAACGGCGUCCGGUGCCAGAAGUGCCUCCAGAUGGGCCACUGGAGUUACGAGUGCAAGGAGAAGCGCAAGUACGUGCACCGCAACUCGCGGACUAAGCAGCUGAGCAAGCACCUGGCCGAAAAGGAGGCACAGACAGCCAAGGACGUUGCGGCUGGCAAGGCGGGCGAGAACGCCCAGGACGCCAGUUCCGCGGUCAACAAGAAGGCCAGACGCAAGCGAAAGCCCAGUGGGAGUUCCUCCUCCUCCUCCAGUUCGUCAGACAGUUCGGACAGCAGCAGCGGGUCAGACUCCUCCUCCGCCUCGGACUCGAGCGACUCCAGCUCGGACUCCGAUGAGAGCUCGUCAGACUCUAGCGGGAGUGGUUCCAGCGGCUCCGACAGCGACAGCAGUGAAGAUCCGGAUCAGGGUGCGCCCCAGAAGAAGAAAAAACGUGACGAGAGUUCGGCGGACUCCUCCGACGACCAGGAGUAGGAGUUGAGAGCCCGGUUUUGGUUUCGUAGCGCAUAGCUUUAGUAGUUUAGUUCUCCCCCGUUAGCCGUCGCCCCAAUAAGUGGACUUUUUACCGAAUAUAAUUGUAAUAUUACGUACAUAUUUAAUAUUUAAGUUCCCCCAUGUGCAUGUAAAUGAGUGGUUCGCCGCCAGAGUGCCACCAAUAAAUAUUUCAGUCAGUCCGA